CUUCCACUAAAGAAGAGCUAAAUGCACAUUUUUUGGUGAGGAUUUCUCAUCAUUAUCUUGUCAUUCAAUAGGGCCCAGUGAGUGAACUCUCAAGCGCCAGCUAUCUAGAUAGUUAGGUGAUGCACUAACUCGUUUUGUAGAGGGACACAGGCCAGCCAAAUAAUGAUCAUCUACUGGCCUGCAAGAGUAUCAUAGCACAGGCCACCACGCUGGCUUCCAUUUUCACAAUUCACAAGCCAUAGCCACAGCGCGUCUCCUCCAAAAAUCCCCAUCAAGCUGGCUCCUGCUCCCCCGAAUCCUACCCCCACCCAUCCAAAAGCUUCACCAUCUCACAAAAAUCUCCCAACUCCCAUUCGUCAGAGUAAAACCUGCCUACAGUCAUACUUCAUCGGAGUCGCCUCCUGCUUCCGUGCCUCGUCUUCCUCGCUGCUGCUGCGUUUCUGGUCCUGGGUGCAGAUCAGGGGCGAGCUCGUGAAGUGCACCUGUGUUGGAGGAGUUUCUUCCGGGAGUUCCAAUGGCGGAGCUGGUGGUCACCAUGGCGCUCCGGCCACUGGUCGCCAUGCUCAGGGACAAGGCGUCCAGCUAUCUCCUCGACCAGUACAAUGUGAUGGAGGGAAUGGAGAAGCAGCACAUGAUUCUGAAACGCAGACUUCCUAUCAUCCUGGACGUCAUCACUGACGCCGAGGAGCAGGCGACGGCCAACAGAGAAGGGGCGAAAGCCUGGCUCCAGGAGCUCAAGAGAGUAGCCUAUGAGGCAAAUGAAGUUUUUGAUGAAUUCAAAUACGAAGCACUUCGCCGUGAAGCCAGGAAGAAUGGACACUACAAAAAGCUUGGAUUUGAUGUGAUAAAACUCUUCCCUACUCACAACCGUGUUGUGUUCCGUCACAGAAUGGGUAGCAAGCUUUGCAGGAUUCUGGAGGAUAUCAAUGUUCUGAUUGCAGAGAUGCAUGACUUUGGGUUGAGGCAGACAUUCUUGGUAUCCAAUCAGUUAGGGCAGACUCCGGCGUCCAAGGAGUGGAGGCAGACAGAUUAUGUCAUCAUCGACCCGCAAGAAAUUGCCAGCAGAUCCAGACAUGAAGAUAAGAAUAAUAUUGUUGACAUACUACUUGGUGAAGCUAGCAAUGCAGAUCUCGCAGUGGUUCCCAUUGUUGGAAUGGGGGGCCUUGGCAAGACCACAUUAGCGCAACUCAUAUACAAUGAACCUGAAAUUCAGAAGCAUUUUCCGUUGAAGCUCUGGGUCUGCGUCUCUGAUAUCUUCGAUGUGAAUUCGGUGGCUAAGAGUAUAGUUGAAGCAUCCCCCAAGAAAAAUGAUGAUACAGACAAACCAGCACUGGAUAGACUUCAAAAACUGGUCAGCGGGCAGAGGUAUCUCCUUGUAUUGGAUGAUGUCUGGAACAGAGAGGUCCAUAAGUGGGAAAGGCUGAAGGUCUGUCUUCAGCAUGGUGGCAUAGGUAGUGCAGUGUUGACAACAACCCGUGAUAAACAAGUUGCUGGAAUUAUGGGCACAGAUAGAACCUACAAUCUCAAUGCUUUGAAGGAUAACUUCAUAAAGGAAAUUAUUUUAGACAGAGCAUUUAGUUCAGAGAAUAAAAAGCCUCCCGAGCUACUCAAGAUGGUCGGUGAGAUUGUGAAGAGAUGUCGUGGAUCUCCUUUAGCUGCUACCGCACUGGGAUCUGUACUUCGUACCAAGACCAGCGUGCAAGAAUGGAAGGCUGUAUCAUCUAGAAGCAGUAUUUGCACUGACGAAACUGGAAUUUUGCCAAUACUCAAGCUUAGCUACAAUGAUUUGCCAGCACACAUGAAGCAGUGCUUUGCUUUCUGUGCCAUAUUUCCCAAGGAUUACAAGAUUAAUGUGGAGAAGCUUAUCCAACUAUGGGUCGCAAAUAGCUUUAUCCCAGAACAGGAGGAAGCUAGUCUUGAAUCCGUUGGAAAACAUAUUUUCAAUGAGCUAGCAUCAAGGUCAUUCUUUCUGGACAUAGAGGGAUUUAAGGGUGACAUGCAAAAUCAACAGUAUUGUUUCAGAACUACAUGCAAAAUCCAUGAUCUUAUGCAUGAUAUUGCAAUGUCUGUUAUGGGAAAGGAAUGUGUCAUUGCAAUUAAGGAACCAAGUCAAAUUGAGUGGCUUUCGGAUACUGCUCGGCAUUUGUUCUUGUCAUGUGAAGAAACAGAAGGUAUUUUGAAUGAUGCUCUGGAGAAAAAAUCCCCUGCCAUUCAAACACUGAUAUGCGAUAGUCCUAUUCGAAGCUCAUUGAAGCAUCUAUCAAAAUAUAGCUCUUUGCAUGCCUUGAAGCUCUGUCUGAGAACAGAAUCAUUUCUAUUCAAACCAAAGUAUAUGCAUCACCUGAGGUACCUUGAUCUCUCAGAAAGUAUUAUCGAAGCACUUCCUGAGGAUAUAAGUAUUCUAUAUAACCUGCAAGUGUUGGACCUUUCCAACUGUCGUUAUCUUGAACGACUUCCAAGGCAAAUGAAGUAUAUGACUUCCCUCUGCCACCUCUACACUCAUGGAUGUCGGAACUUGAAGAGCAUGCCUCCAGGACUUGAAAAUCUCACUAAGCUGCAGACACUCACAGUUUUUGUAGCAGGAGUUCCUGGCCCUGAUUGCGCUGAUGUUGGAGAGCUGCAUGGUCUAAACAUUGGUGGUCGGCUAGAGCUAUGCCAGGUAGAGAAUGUUGAAAAAGCAGAAGCAGAAGUGGCAAACCUUGGUGGUCAGCUAGAGCUGCAGCAUUUAAACCUUGGUGAUGAGCUAGAGCUACGCCGGGUAGAGAAUGUUAAAAAAGCAGAGGCAAAAGUGGCGAAUCUUGGAAACAAGAAGGAUCUCCGUGAACUGACAUUAAGAUGGACUGAGGUUGGCGACAGCAAGGUGCUCGACAAGUUCGAACCUCAUGGUGGGCUGCAGGUUCUGAAGAUAUAUAAAUAUGGAGGGAAGUGUAUGGGUAUGUUGCAAAACAUGGUUGAGAUCCAUCUUUCUCGCUGUGAAAGAUUGCAGGUUUUGUUCAGUUGUGGUACAUCCUUCACGUUUCCAAAACUGAAGGUGCUUACACUAGAGCAUUUAUUGGAUUUUGAGAGAUGGUGGGAAAUAAGUGAGAGACACGAAGAACAGAUAAUAUUUCCUCUGCUUGAGAAGUUGUUUAUUCGGCAUUGUGGAAAGCUGAUAGCAUUACCUGAAGCACCAUUGCUUGGAGAACCAAGUCGUGGAGGUAAUAGACUGGUAUGCACACCAUUUUCUCUGCUUGAGAACUUGUUUAUUUGGUAUUGUGGAAAGCUGGUACCAUUGCGUGAAGCACCACUGGUUCAUGAAAGUUGUAGUGGAGGUUAUAGGUUGGUACAGUCAGCAUUUCCUGCUCUAAAGGUACUUGCAUUGGAAGACUUGGGGAGUUUUCAGAAAUGGGAUGCUGCUGUCGAAGGAGAACCGAUAUUGUUUCCUCAGCUUGAGACACUAUCAGUUCAGAAAUGCCCAAAGCUAGUAGAUUUACCCGAAGCACCAAAACUCAGUGUACUAGUAAUUGAAGAUGGCAAGCAAGAGGUGUUCCAUUUUGUAGACAGGUAUUUAUCUUCAUUGACCAAUCUGACACUGAGGCUAGAACACAGAGAAACAACAUCAGAGGCUGAAUGCACUUCAAUUGUACCUGUGGACAGCAAAGAGAAAUGGAACCAGAAAUCCCCUCUUACAGUUAUGGUGCUAAGAUGCUGCAACUCAUUCUUUGGACCAGGUGCACUAGAGCCGUGGGACUAUUUUGUACACCUUGAAAAGUUGGAAAUUGGUAGAUGCGAUGUGCUCGUCCACUGGCCAGAGAAUGUGUUCCAAAGCUUGGUAUCGUUGAGGACAUUAGUGAUUACAAACUGCGAAAAUCUGACUGGAUAUGCACAAGCUCCUCUUGAGCCAUUGGCAUCCGAAAGGAGUGAACACCUGAGAGGUCUGGAGUCUCUUUGCUUAGAAAGAUGCCCAAGUUUAGUAGAGAUGUUCAACGUCCCGGCAUCUCUCAAGAAAAUGGAUAUUGAUCGGUGCAUUAAGCUUGAGUCCAUAUUCGGCAUGCAGCAAGGCAUGGCAGAGUUAGUCCAAGUAUCUUCUAGCAGUGAGGCAAUCAUGCCUGCAGCUGUAUUAGAGUUGUCAUCCUCACCCAUGAAUCACUUCUGUCCAUGCCUAGAAGAUCUACGUUUAGUCCGAUGUGGAAGCUUACAAGCGGUUCUAAAUCUUCCUCUGUCCUUAAAGACCUUAGAAAUUGAUGGCUGCAGUAGUAUUCAAGUCCUAUCAUGCCAGCUGGGUGGGCUCCAGAAACCUGAAGCCACCACCUCCAGAAGCAGAAGUCCUAUCAUGCCAGAGCCACCAGCAGCAACAGCAACAGCUGCAAGAGAGCAUUUACUUCCUCCCCAUCUCGAAUCUCUAGUAAUACGGGACUGUGCUGGUAUGUUGGGUGGGCCUCUCCGUCUGCCUGCACCCCUCAAGGAACUGUACAUUAUUGGCAACAGUGGGCUGACAUCGCUGGAGUGUCUGUCGGGAGAGCACCCCCCAUCGCUGGAAAUCCUUGAUCUUGAAAGAUGCAGUACCCUGGCAUCCCUGCCGAAUGAGCCGCAAAUAUACAUUUCUCUCUGGUAUUUUAAAAUUAGAGGCUGCCCUGCUAUAAAGAAGCUCCCUAGAUGCCUGCAGCAGCAACUGGGCACCAUCGACCACAAAAAUCUAGAUGCCUGCUAUAAAGUAAGAGCGUUUAAACCGAAGACAUGGAAUGAAAUACCAAGGCUGGUUCAAGAGCGGAGGCAGGCCAGUCGAGAAGCCAAGGAACUCCGGCAGUCCAUGCAGGAGUAAACAAGGCAGAAAGGGCAGGUCAAUCGGCUUUGUUGAGCUUUGGCCUCUACCUAGUUCAGAUAUUUGUAAUGCAAAUCAAACGAAUCUCCUCGGUUCAGUACAAGUUAGGAUAAUAUUGUCACAUGUGUGUCUGUGUGCUAUCUACGUAUCUAUCUGUUUUGCUUUGUUCAUUAGUUAACUGAGAAGACACUAGCCUUUAACUUGUUCAAUAAAGUUUUUCAACUGUGGCUUUUCUUGGAUGA